AACGAAACCGAAAACCCAAAUAAAACUAGCACCCGAAACCCUAGCUAGCGAAACGAACGAAGGAGCCAGAGAAGUUAGCCAGCAAUCGACCAUGUCGGCGGUGCGAUUUUUGGCUUCUGCACUGAAGACGACGCCUCGCCGGCCCCUUGUCCCCAACUAUCAGGCGGUGCUGGAGAAGGUCGAGGGGUUGAAGGCUGUCAAUAUCCAGGUAGACAGUAUCUCCAAGUCUAUUCAAGAGUUAGAGGCCAACGCCAGGAGCCAACGUGUGGUUUGGAGGUUCAAUGAGAGGAAGAUAGAGCAUGGAUUGAAGCGAGAUGAUCCCGCCCACCGUCGCAGCUACCACCUUGCUUUGGGCAUCACGUCUGCUGUUAUGUACUUUGCACCCAAGGCUUCAAAAAGGUUCUCUUAAGUGUUCAAAUCCAGAACCUGGGACAUGAGUGGUUAGACUCCAUAAGAAGACUAAUUCUCGUUGUGUUCGAUUUGCACUAAGUGAAAUUGUUGUAAUCCUACAUUUAUGAUGGUUGGUGAUCGGAAUGGUUUGUUCACUGACCAUGCUAUGCUGAGUCUGGUAUGAAAAACGUGGGAGUAUGGUAUGGAACCUAGUUAUACUGUAUUAGUUUUGCAGAAUGGUCAAAUGACAGCUGUGGUGAUCA